UCCCGUUGGCGGAGCGGCCAAUGAGUGAAGGGGCGGUAGAUUUGAAAUUGGUGGAACCGGAGCGAGCGAGGAGACGGAGACGCGGCGGCCGGGGCCACUCCGCUCACACCCGGCCCUCCGCCUGCUGACGGCGCUCCUCUCUCUCUCUCCUCCCCAGGCGAGGGGACCAUGUUCGGCCAGCGGCAGUCGGUGGAGCGUGAUGACCAGCGGCCUAGCACCCCGAGCAGGAAAUGCGGCCGGGUCCCGUUGCAGGAGUUGGCGCCACAGUGCAGCGUUCAGAGAGACGUGCGGAGCUGUGGCCGAGCGGCCAGCGGCCUGACCCCGCUGCUGCGCGGGCUGCGCCUGGAGGAGGGUUUCCUACCCGUCUCGAGGCUGGUUUACGAGGACCUCUGCAGGAAUAUCUUUGUGGAGGAGGAGGAGGAGGAGGAGGAGGAAGUGGUCUGUACUCCCUGGGUACGGGACCGGGUCCCUUUGGUGCCCCCGACAGCUGGGGGCUUCAGUGACACGAGCUCACUGCCCACUGGGACUCCUGAACCCACAGCCAGCGAAGGCCCCUCGUCUCCACAGGUAAACCAUGGCGACCUGCCUCGGGGAACGUGCAGCAACGCUGUCCGGAUGGUCGUUACUGAGACACGGGAGGAUCCAGAGCCGUCGGUCAUUGUGGCUGGAUCUGUGGAGCUGGGGCAGCAGGGACCAGAGACAGCAGUCACUGUUGCGGCUGGACUGAAGGCAGGGUCCCCCGCGAUCCCAGCUGGCGGGGCAAGCUUGCCACAGUCUGGCUCCGGGCCCGAGCAUGUCCGUGACGGUACCGAGGAGGCGUCACUCGAGCCUCUGGCCCUACGCCCACCCGAUCAUCCAGCCCUACCCUCCUGCUCGGAGUCUGUGAGAGUGAGGGGAGAUGGGGAGGCGUCACCUGCCAGCAAAGAGGGGGUGAGGUUAGGAAAAAGGAAGAGGCUUUGCACGGCCGGAGAAGGGGAGGGGUUGAAUGCUGAUGAGGGGGGGCAGUGUGUUCCACUGCCCACGGGGGGAGAGCAGCUGCCAAUAGCAGGAGAGUGGGAGCAGCCAAGAAUGUCAGACCAGGAGGCAGGAGUCCCGUCUGGGGACGGGGCGGCGUGGCCCCAGGACGAGGCUCGAGCAGAGAUACAGGGGAACCCAGAAGCGAUCCUUGCUGUACACACUGGAGCAGACUCCCCUCCUCUCUGUGUCUCGGGUCCCAGUGACCUGGAGCAGCCCCGUACAGAGAGACGGUGGCAGCCAGCAUUGGCACUGGCGCCUGUCGAGGGCAGGGUACCGGUGCUGGCUGACGAAUGCGAGGAGCAGCUAGGUAGGGCACAGGCUGAGGAGGAAGGUGAGGGGCAGGUGCUGGAGAUUGAGGAUGAUGAGGGGAGGGCAGAGGACGAGGACAAGGGGCUGGAAAAGGAAGAGGGGAGGGUGGAGGAGGGUGAGGCACAGGUAGAGGCUGGCACAGGGAGGGUGUUGGAUGAGGGCUCAGUACAGACCGAGGAAGUGGAGGAGCAGAAGACGGAGACAGGCACAGUGCAGACUGAGGAGGUGGAGAUGGGCACAGUGCAGACUGAGGAGGUGGAGAUGGGCACAGUGCAGACUAAGGAGGUGCAGAGGGGCACAGUGCAGACAGAGGAGGUGCAGAGGGGCACAGUGCAGACAGAGGAGGUGGAGACGGGCACAGUGCAGACAGAGGAAGUGCAGAGGGGCACAGUGCAGACAGAGGAGGUGGAGGAGCGAGCCGAGCCCGCAGUGGAGGUGCAGACCGAGGAGGCCGUGGAUCGGGCGGAGCUGGGCACGAGCCCGUUGCCACCCCCUGCGUCCUGCGCGCUGACCUGUCUGAUCCACCCAGCCAGCGCUCGGACACCUGCGGACACCUGGAAGCUGCUGGCACAGCUCGGCACCAGGAGGGUCACCUGUCGAGACGUCAGCACAGGGAUUACUCCCCUGGGGUCGCACUGCAUCGCCACUUGUAUGACCCCCGUCAGCCUGGCGGACAGUGAUGUCAACACCUCCGCGGUGGAGGAUUCCGGGGGGAGCACGACGGACAGCGCGGUGCUGACGGACUCUCUGCUCUGGAACAUCAACCUGGAGAACCUGCAGACCAUGCCCCGGGGAGAGCUGGAACGGCGUCUGGAGACAACCCUGCUCAUCACCGAGGUUCUGUCCAGUCAGCUGAGUGACCUGUCCAGGAGCAAGGGCCUUCAGCGGGGCGUAGGGCCAGCAGAUCAGAGGGAGGCCUUCACCCAGACCACCUGUACCCAGGCACCCGAGGUGGAGGAGCAUUACCGGCAGCUGUACUUGGAGCAGGCUAGCAGGCUGCUAGAGCUAGAGCUCGGGCUGCAGCAGUGCCAACAGCUCCGCUCCGCCAUCAUCACCUUCCAGCAUCAGCAGAAUUCCCUGCAGGAUGAGGUGGAGGACAGCCUAUCAGCCGCUGACACUGCUUGCGAGGAGAUGCAGAGGGAACGAGAACGGAUGUUCGAGCAGCUGCAGGAUGCCAGGCAGCUGGCCCGUGAGAGCACCCAGGCGCUCCGAGUGAUGGCCCGGGCAGUCAGUGAGGCCCGGGAGGAGGCCGCAGCGCUGAAGAGCCAAGCAGCAGAGGCAGAGUGGAGCAGGGUGAAUAUGCACCAGGAGUUGGAGAAUUCCAUGGAAAGGCUGCGUGAGGUGUUGGGCACAGUGAAGCAGGUGACCGCUGAGAAACAGCAGCUCAGUUCUGGCCUGGCCGCACUGACCAAGGAGCUGGUGGAAGUGGAGCAGGAUCGGGACAGGCUGAUGAAGGAAAGCAGCCGCUACUUUGUGGAGCUGGCAACGGCAGAGGCUGCUCUCAAACUCUCAGAGGCUGCUCGAGCCAAGAGAGAGGAGAGGUUGCAGGCCUCUGAGGAACGGAACAAGGAGAUCGACUCCCUGCAGGGAACCGUGCAGAGCCUGAAGGAAGCUGCUGACGGUCUGAGGAGGGAGAAGGAGUGUGUGGAGGGAGCACUGACGGAGGCACAGGACCGCGUCCUCAGCCUGACCCAGUCACUGCAUUCGAGGAACGAGGAGCUGCAGGACCUGUCUGACAUCCGGGCACAGGCCGCCCUGAUCUCUGACAACUGUGAGUUCUUGGAGCAGGAGCUGAGGAUUUGCCGGGAGCAGCUGUCAGAGACCGAGGGUCAGCUCAGUGAGCAGAUGCGCAUUCUGCACAGUCGCAACCUGCAGUGCGAGGAGCUGCGGGCCCAGCGUGACCACCUCCAAUCAGAGCUGGACGCUGUUAAGAUGGAUGCACGAGAGAUGCUGUUGGAGAUGGGGGAGCAGAUGAGCCAGACCACCGUGAGCAUCAUAGACAUGGAAGGUCAGAUGCAAGCAGCCUCCAGGACAGCCGAGACUUACCUGAAGAUCUGGCAGCAGGAUCUCUCUCGGAUGGUGGGUGAAGACAAAGCAGAACCACAGGCCUCGGAUCUCCAAUCCGACCAACAGGCAGAAGAGGAGGCCCAGUCGUGUCCAGGUCCAGAGCAUCAGGGAACACCUCGGCAUGACCUCAGGAGUGAACAGAGUGCCUUUGCUCCGAUUGAGCCCGCAUGUACGGACACCGCAGGUGGAGAGGACACGUUGUUGGUGCGCGUCACCCGGGCGCGGGCAGCACUUGGCAGACUGCUGGACGUGCAGACCCAGGCGGAGAGCGCCUUACAGCAGCAAGUGAAAGCUCUGCGGCAGGAGAUCAUUGAUGGCCGGCAGCAACAGAAGGCGAGGAGCAGCCAGAAGCAGCUGGAACUGCACGGCCUGCAGGACCGCGUGGCCAAGCUUGAGACAGAGAACCGGCAACUGGCCCGUGACCUACAGGCACACAUCAAGAUUAAGUGUGACAUGGAGGAAACUCUGACUGAUCAGAAGCAGACCAUUGUUAAAUUUCAUGAAAUGUUGGAUUCCAAUCUUGAGGAACAUACACAGUAUCUGGCUAUGGAGCAGGAGGUCGUGGACCUGAGGCGUCAGCUGCAGCAGCUGGAGACGGAGACCAGCACCCUCCGCGAAGAGUUUGCCAAACUGCAAUCCCCUGCCGACGUUCCAGGCAAGGGCUGGCUUCAGGAGAAGGUGGAGCUGCAGCAUCAGGUGCGGAAGCUGCGGGGGGCUUACGUGCAGAAGGACAGCGAGAUGCAGCAACUGAGGGAGAAGAUGAUCAGACACCGAGCCAUUCUGGAGGAGAACAAUGAGAAAGCAGAGGCGGAGGUGGCCAAACUGGACCAGAUGAUCGAGCAUGUCAGAAACACACUCCAUUCGGUGCCUGAGGUGGUGGCAAGCUCCGUGGAGUUGAAGGGACUCCUGUCGUAUCUGGGAGAUGACCUGGGAACCUAAUGCGUCUGGACCACUGGAUCUCCCCGAACGCUCUCUGUCUGCCCGGGGUGUCACUACCAAGGAGGAUUUAAUGGUUGUGUCUGGGGUGAGUGGGGAGGCUGUUUGGGCUCUCCAGUGAUCUCAGCGUUCAUAACCCCACAUUCAAAAAUUGGGCAUCUCCAGUUUGGAGAGAAGACCUGACCAUGAUCAUCCACCUGAUGUGCCCCCAACUCUGUCCCACCAGCUCGACUGUGGCAACAGUUCGAUGCGACUCGAGCUGUUUGGUUGGCUCAUCUCAAGACGCGAGUUCUCUGCUGAUCCCUGACACAGUGAGACCCCAAAUCAGAGUGAAACAUCAUGUGAAAUAUUUAUUCGUUGUACAGAGAUGUGUGUUCUUUCUCUGCUGUGGCUCAUGUUGAGAUGCUUCUGUGUGGUGGAGGUCUCCCUCCUCUAUAUGUUGAGAGGAAUAUUUCCCCUUGUAUAUAAUAAAGGCUGUGCAUGUUAAAGUGUUACUGUGGUGACAUUAAGCCAGGGAAGACUUGUACUUUCAGUAAAGAAGUUCAUCGGGUGAUUGGACCUUCUGUCCGCCAGGGUCGGAGCUGACCGCUCCAACUCUGUCCGCCAGCCUCGGAGCUGACCGCUCCAACUCUGUCCGCCAGCCUCGGAGCUGACCGCUCCAACUCUGUCCGCCAGCCUCGGAGCUGACCGCUCCAACUCUGUCCGCCAGCCUCGGAGCUGACCGCUCCAACUCUGUCCGCCAGCCUCGGAGCUGACCGCUGUAACUCUGUCCAGCUGUGUCUGUGUGGUUGGAGGUUACAGCG